AUGGAACCUCCUCAGGUCCCGAGCCGCCAGCCCGAGACGCCCCCCGACACGCCGCCGACGCCGCUCCUUCCAGCAGCAACCCCGGAUCCCGAGGCGCCCCGGCUGGCGCAAGGCUCGUCCGCCCCGUCGAGGGCGCACAAGAAGAAAGCCUACAGCCGGCACUCGAAACCUCCCUACAGCUACGUGGCCAUGAUUGCCUUGGUCAUCCAACGGUCCCCGGAGAAGAGGCUGCUACUACGGCAGGUGAGCGCACCUGCUGGGAAGCGAAACCGCUUGCUUGCGCGUUGCGCACGGGAGCCGUCGGGCCGGUCCAGCUGGCCAGAAAGAGGGUUGCGGGCUUGGAGGCGCCUUUCCCUGUCGGGGUUCUCCUCCCGGAGCGCAGCGGGGUCGCCUUUAUGAGUUUUGCUUUCCCGGGAGCCCGCCGGUCCCUGAGGCUUUUCAGCCGUCGGGGGACGCGGCGCGUCGGGGUGCCGUGAAAAGCAGAGGGGCGGCGGGGUGCGCACGAAGUGGGUGGCUCGACGGGGCGGCCCUCGCGGGCUUGCGGGGCCGCAGACGCUGCUUGCCUCUUCGGCUGUGCGAGGAGGAGGAGGAGAAGGGCUUCCGACGACGCCCUGAACUUAAAAACCCCUUUUCUCUUUUUCUCUUAGAUAGUAGAGGAUAUCCAAGGCCUCUUCCCGAUUUUUAGCGACAGCUACCAGGGCUGGAAGGAUUCAAUUCGACACAACCUCUCCUCCAACCCCUGCUUUCGGAUGGUACGUGUUAGUAAUGCUGCAUUUAAACAUUUUAAUGCAUUUUAAUGUUUCAAUGUUGUAUUUUAAUCUUGUUUUUAAGUUGUAUUCACUCAGCUUGUUUUUAUUAUUGCUUGUUAGCCGCCCUGAGCCGGGCUUUGGCUGGGUAGGGCGGGGUAUAAAUAAAAUUUAAUAUUAUUACUAAAGUGUUAAUGCUAAUAAUAAUGAUAAUAAUAAUAAUAAUAAAGGUGAUGAUGUAAUGUGAUACAUAAGGCAAAUGUUUUUAGGACGCACCUUACCUGUGUGGCUGCAAGUGAUUUUAAAUGUGUUUGCAAUGUUGUGUUUUAAGGCAGUAACUCUGGGACCUGGGCUUGAUGGGUGACUUGUAUGAUAAAUAAUAAAAGUGUGUGUGAAGGGAGAGUGGGAGGGGGGAUGUUGGACAAAGUUGGUGGGGGGAGAACUCAGAAGGAAGGGAGGAUGCUCUGGGGAAAAAGAAAGAAGGGAAGGAGGACCAGUUUCCUUAGAAUUAUUCCUUUUUCGCUCUCUCCAGCCUGCUGCCUCUGUUCUCCCUCUACCUGCAUCCCAGGUGUUGGGGGGCUGCAGGUGGGGAUGGGGCCCUUCUCUUUUGCUCAUGCCUGGCUUGGUGCAGCCUUCUGGCCGCUGUAAGAACAGGAGGCUGCUCCAGGUGCUCUGAUCCAGCUGCUGAAAAACUCUCCUGGAGGCUUUGCACCCGUAGCAGACCACACUUCCGUUCCAGCCAGAAUGGCUAGUGGUCAGGGGGAAUUUGUAGUCCGAAAUCCCUGCCAAGGCAACAGGAGGCUGAGGAAGGCUGUGGUGUGCGGGUCAUCCGGGGCAGAGAGAGAGAGUGUAGAGGCUUGACUUGGUCAUAGAAAGCAGUUUCAUAGCUUGGUAAGGGUUCAAAUUGUUCCAAUUUGCAUCCUGCUUUUCCUCCAAAAGCAGCUCUGGUCCCCACAAGUUGCCAACCAGCUGCACCCAGGAUGCUGCCCAUCUGGGGGUUGGGAAAAGGUCUAGGGCUGUGAAGGCGGGGGGGCAGGGAGUGUGGGGAGGAGAGGGAACAGUCAGAUUUAAAGAGUUUCCCAACAGGUUUUUGUUGAGCUGCCUCCUUUGCCAACCUCGUCCCCUCAGGUGUUUGUGGACUACAAAUCCCAUUAGCAGAUGGGAGUUUGCGGUUGUCCAAGGCCGCUUUGCAUUUCACAUGGCAAACCUUCCUUCUCCUUCAUCCCCCUCAAGAGGUUUGAAUUGAAUCCUUGAGGAAAAGGGGCAGUUAGGUUGCUAUUUUGCAAGGGGGUGUAUUUAUAUAGAGAAAGGGGUCCUCUGUCUUUCUACCUCUUCCCCCCCCCCCCCCAGGUAAAAAGACUAGUACGCCUUGAGACUGCUGGAAAUUACUGAGGUCACAAAAUGGUGGUGCAGGAUCAGGGCCAGCCACAAGAUGGGGGCAGAGAUUUUGGCAUCCUCUUCUACAUCUAAUCCAGGGUUUUCCAAACUUGGGUCUCCAGCUGUUUUGGGACUAUAACUCCCAUCAUCCCUAGCUAGCAGGAUCAGUGAUCGAGGUGGAUGGGAAUUGUCCAAAAACAGCUGGAAACUCUGAAAUCCAUCAUUGGAAGUUGUUGGGUUGUUUUUCCUUUCCUUGUGGCAAGGAGUUCCGCAGCCAUGCUUCACACGUUGAGAAACCCUGUGGUAUGGGGGAGUUGGGGGCAGCAGGGUCUUCUCCAAACUGGUGCUCCAGGUGUAUCGCCAGGUCUUGUGAAUGGGGCAGGUGGGAGUUGGGAGUUGCAAGUGAGUGCCAGGUUAGAGAAGACUGAAUUGGAGAACUGUAACCUUUAUUGCUUGAAAUUGUGGGGAAGGGGGAGGAGAGAUGAAGAGGGAAAUGUGACCUUUUACAUCCCCUUACCAGAGUCGGUCACGACUGGACCUAAUGGUCAGUGGUCCCUUUACUUUACUUUACUAGGUUUGAGAAGUGUGUGUGUUGUUGUUGUUAAUUAACCACCUAAAUAUUACAGGACGUUCAUAAGAACGUAAGAAAAACCUUUAUUUUAUCUCUCCUGUUUCUCCAGUAUUCAGUUUUCUAGCCUGCCCAUGAGUAUUAGGAGAGGGGGAGAAAAACGUACCUCUAUCCAUUUUAUAAAUCCCAUGUAUAAUUUUACAAACUUCAAUCAAGUCGCUGCCUCUUGCCUUUUCUCUGAACUAAAAUGUCCCAAAAACUGCAACCUUUUUUUCUUAGGGGAAUUGCUUCUAGGGGGUUGUAUGUACAAGUGGGGCUCAUUACUCAUGGAAAGACAAUAGAAAUUUCUAUUAAAUUUUGUAUACCAGCCUAUAGUCGCAGGUCUCAGGGCAGUUACAACAUAGAAGCACAAUACAGUUCCAAGCUUUGUGAGUCUCUCUGAUUCUUCAGCUGCUGUUCCUUCAUUGCAGGGGGUUGGUCUGGAUGACCUCAGGGUUCCUCUACCAUUCGAUGGUUCUAUACCUCAACUCCCACCCGCUUACAGAGCCUCUUCACCCCACCCCGCUUUUGUUGCAGGAGCUGAAAGACCCCUCGAAAGCCAACAGCAAGAGGAACUACUGGUCCGUGGACGUCAGCUUGAUACCCCCGGAGGCAUUAAAACUCCAAAACACCAUGAUCUCCCGACAGGAUGAAGCGCGUUGGAUCCAGGACUUGACCCCUUACGUCGUCCAUGGAUCCCCUUACCCACCGCCUGCGGGCCUCCCCCGGGCACAGACCCCCGAGCGCCGCCCGGGAAGCUCGUUUCUCAUGGACAACAUCCUGCGGACUUCGCCCUCGGACCCCGGAGCCAGAAGUCGAAGCCUCGAGACGUCGCCCUCCGCCUCCUGGGCACCCCUGGACUGUGGGGGCAACUUCUUCCCCAGCCCGGACCCCUCCUUGCCUUCCCCUCAGGAAGGUAGCUUGCUGGCAGCCCCCCCUGCCUUGGCCGGCCCCUUGCAGACCCCAGACUCGCGGUGCUGUUCCCUGGGCAGGUACCCCGCCACGCCCUGGGGUCAUCUGCCCGUCUGCUGCAGCAGCGCCAUGGGCCCCCCUCUGGCAGGCCAGGUCCCCUUCCAGGGACUGUUGGCCCCCCCGUCAGCCCUGCCCUGCCUCUCAUGCUGCUGCCAAUCUGCCCCCCAGGCUACUUCAUGGGGUCCCUUGGCCACCCCACACAGCCCUCUGCCCCCACAUCCCUUCCCUUCCCCGACCCCCUUCCUUCCUCCCCCCAUUUCCUGUGGUUGGUUUCAGGCACAAUUGCCCCCACCCCACUGACAGGACGGGCUGCCCCCCUUGGAAAGGGGUCUGGCCAGCUUCCCCCCCCCCUUCGUUUCAGCCAGAGUACUUGGGGAACAUUGCAUUUUAUCCCGUAUGGAUUUUAA